UCGACCGAAAGCAGUCUUAUUAAUACAACAUUUUAAUAUACAUCUCUCAAGACACUCCGAAGUGGUAAUCUGCAAUUACAUCUUUCGCUGCCAAGACCACCCAAAGGCGGAUUCCCUGCGUCUUUAUUUCCCCAUACGCCCUGGAGCUGAUUUCCAACUGGCAGCUCUAAUUUCACCAUCCGCACUGCCGCCUCUCAACCAAUUUUUUCUUUUCUCCUCAUUUUCGUUAUCAAUCUUUGCCGUAACCCGGCUCCCCUUUUCAUUUAUCCAUAUUUACACUGCCAAUUAAUUAAUCACUUACUAUACCGUCCUUCAUUAAGCCACCGUCACCAUGUCCGAUCUCGAACUCAAUGGCGAAGAAGACGCGCCUCUUCUCCCAUCGGAUCAGCAGCAGCGCCAGUCAGAGCUAGAUCCCCAUUGCCGUAUCACUGCAGCAAGAUGGCAGGUUAGCUCACCGCGUACUAUUGUGUACCUGGCUAUCCUCAUCAAGUUCUUUACUGUCGCAAGCGGCAUGCUGUUACUGGUCCCACUGUUUAGAAUCAUUGAAGAUACAAUUUGUCAUGUCCACUACAAUGAUGAUUCCAGCGACUUUAUCGAAGAAAAGAAGUGUAAAGUCAAAGAAGUCCAGGCUCGUCUCGCUUAUCUUCUUGGCUGGUUUGGUCUGGUGUCUUCGGUAAUUUCUUUGGUGGUUGCUUUCCCGUACGGGACUCUGGCUGACAAAAUCGGCCGGAAACCUACGCUUCUAUUAGCAGCAAUCGGAGUGUACUCUUCAUUCGGGUUUAGCCCUUUGCUCCUUGGGGCAUUGAACCAUGUUGUUCGUCGCAACCCCUACAUUCUGAUGCUAGGUUAUAUCUUCCUACUGAUUGGAGGCGGCGUACCUGUCUUAAUUUCGAUGCUCUAUGCUAUUGUGACAGAUGUCAGCCCUCAAAAAGAAAAGGCCCGCAACUUUCUGUAUCUAACAUUCGGCGCAACAGCUGGCGGCUUGCUUGGACCUCUUUUGGCGGGUAUACUCAUGGAGACAUUCAACCCUUGGAUUCCCGUGUAUCUCGCAAUUGCAUCUACCCCGGUCAUGCUCUUCGCCGUUCUCCUUAUCCCGGAGACUAUGCACAUUGUAGCAAAGGCUACUACCGACGACGACGAAUCAUCCGGCCUAGAAUCCAUCCGCACACAUGUCUUCAAAGGUUUAAAAGAUCUCAAGGAGUCGUUUCGGAUGCUCAAAGACGUCAAUGUUCCUCUGAUUCUGGUUACAUUUUUUGUACAAACGCCGCGAUUCGCUGCCUACACCUCCACCUUACAACAGCAUAUUAGCACACACUUUGGCUGGACACUGGCCCAAACCAGCGUGCUCUUGUCGCCAUAUGGCUUGUUGAACUUGCUUAUUUUGGCGCUUUUGCCAGUUGCUGGUGAUGUUCUCAUUUCACCAAGGUUUGGCUACUCCAUUGCUCGCAAAGACUUGUUCCUCACACAAAUUUCAUCCAUUUUGUUGGUUGUUGGUGCCAUUAUCGAAGGCUUCAGCCAGACAAGUGUACUAUUUUUAUUCGGAUUGUUUGUACAAACUCUUGGAGCGGCAGAUAGCCCGCUUGCCCGUGCGACCUUGGUCCACUACUUUGAUCCCGUCUAUACCUCGAGAAUGUACGCCUUGCUUGGCAUGGCUGAGAUUCUAGGCUCCUUUAUUGGUGGCCCCAUAUUGGCCAUCCUGUUUGACAUCGGACUCCAGAAGAGGGAAGGAUGGAUUGGAUUACCCUGGUUCUACGUCGCUGCUCUCUGUUCUCUUGCGCUAGCGGCCCUCUUCUUUGUUCGUCUCCCAAGAACACGACCAGUGGCAGGUGGCGACGACGAAGCUCCAGUCGGCGACGAAGACGAUAUUGUGAUUUAAAUGGUGCGUAAAUUCGUCCACCUAAUCUGGGGUGUUAUCUUUUGUGAUAGAUUUGCUUCAUUUUCUUGUAUAUACCCGAAAUACAGACUCACUGUGAAACAACAGCCCCGAAUGUUUAAGAGUAAAACAGUCGAAGCCUCGCACUUGCGCUGCAAAAGAUCCGCGACACAGUGUAUUCUAUUAAUAACAGAGCCUCA